UCCGAUUUUCCGAGCGACGGGAUCAGCCGAAGCAGCGCGCGCGCCUCUCGGGCUCUGUGCUGUAGGACGCGCGCGCCUCCAUUUCCAAAAGCAACACGCGCGCAGAGACAACAAAACCUCUGGAUUGUGUGUGUGUGUGUGUUUUUAUUUUUAAAUAAUGUUGCCGAAGCUCCACGACCGAGGAAUCUAAAGAGCUCGAGCUUUGGUUGUUCCUCAGAUGGACGGAGACUGACGCGCGUCAUCUGGAUAAACAAGAAGGAAUAGAUCGUGCCAACAGAUUGCUUUUCUUCCUUUUUCUAUUAUUUUUUUUCUCCUAAUGUUUAUCACCGACCACUGGGUUUAAGCUUUGGGACAAAAAUCCCCCCUAACCCCCUUCCCUCUCUACAUUGUAUCAUCUGGUGCGCCUUGGUGAUUAAGACGCAUUUUGGAGAUGUCGGAAGUGCUGCCGUUCAACGAAGAAAAUAUGAGUCAUUAUGGAAACGAGGGCGACGAGGGACACCUUUCCUUCACCUGUCGCCUUCAAGACACCAACAACUUCUUCAGUGGAGCACAGAACAAACGUCCGCCCAAACUCGGGCAGAUAGGCAGGAGCAAACGGGUUGUGAUCGAGGAUGAGAACGGUGAUGACAAGGCGCUGAAAAAUGGAACAGAGAAGACUUCGACAGAGGCUUAGAGAGAGAGAGAACGUUGGAGCUCAACGUUCCCACCCCUUAACAGGAAAAAUGAAAAUGAGAGACACUCUUGAAAAUUUUUUAUGGUGACGAUAUUUACCAGAUUUAAUCCAAAGACACUGUAUAUAAGCACUUUCUCUCAUGUGGCAGCAAGCAGCACUUCCACACCCUCCUCUUCCAGCUGGAUGACACACACACACACACACACACACACACACACACACACACACACACACUGCUGGCAGGGAUGGCAGCAAAGGAGAGCCCCAGGUGGACCCCCCCACCCCAACCUGCUUCCCUCUCAACACACACACAUAAACACACACACACACCCUCGAUUACAGGGUUUCGCCAUAAAUCCAAUUGCAGGAGAAGCCACGGGGGGUGGAGGAGGAGGUGAAGGGUGGAGAUAAAUACAGAAAUCAGGGACAGGAAACAGAUCUAAUAUAAAAUCCUAAAGCACACACUUUCUCCUAUCUUCUCAAUCAAACCUGUACCGUUCUUUCAGCUCUUCGUUUUUGGGUGAGGGCGAACAGAGUCUGUAAAUAUGGAAAGGUUAGCCCAUGUUCUUUUUUGCACAAAGUGAGAACUGGUAAACUGGUUUGUUCCGUUUAUUUAUUGUUCAUUCUUGAGGAGAUGUCCUUUGCUGUGACUUAAAGGACUGAGGGAGCAUUUUCCUUUUUAAAAUGAUGUUUUUUGUAUGUUGAGCAAACUUUGAGCAAAUGGGGUGAUAUUAUUUUCCACUUUAACACUUCUUGAUGUUGCCUGAGUGAUUUUGUCAUACUUUGCAGCUGACAAGUAAUUUCUAAAACCAGUGUACUUCCCACUUGUUUGUAAAGCGUCCCAGGCUUUCAC